UUGCGUUCCUGACGUCAUCACGCAAGGGGUCCGCAACGUGGAAAACAUGGAGGCGAUGGAGUGCGUGAGUGUGUAUGUAGAGUAAAACUUACCGCCUUCAUUGUAAUUCCUCAACAUUAGAAGCGUGUACGUUUCCCCCCUACACCUGGAUAAUACACUCUAGUUUUAACUGGCGUAACAGUGGGCGGGUUUAUUUCGCUGUCCCACGAGCGAAGAGAGCCACGGGAGCGACGAGAAGCGUUUGUGACAGGUGUUGCCAUAUGCCCGACGAAGAAGCAGUGAGGCAGCACUGAGUCUGGAGAUGGGAGCCAACACCAGCCAGCUCAGUGACCUGCCCAACAACCCCAGCCUCAAGGCUCUCGUGGGCACCGAGUCCAUAUCGGGGAAUGACCCCUUCUGGAACCAGCUCAUCUCCUUUACUGUCAUCAGUCCCACCAGCAGUGGAGACUCCAAGUUGCUGGAAGAGGCUGUGUUACCGCUGGCCAAGCUCCUCAUUGAAAACAAUCCCAGAACAGGAAAUUUUGGCGCACUGGUUAAAAUCUUCCUGGGACGGACAAAAGAGCUGAAAAUCUCCACAGAAUGUCAAGAUCAACUGUUCAUCUGGCAGGCCCACAACGCUCUCUUCAUGAUCCGCUGCCUGCUCAAGGUGUUCAUCCGGGAGAUGAGCGAGCAGGACCUGCACUUGCAGUUUAGCUACCAGGAGAGGGCACCAGGCUCCUGUGGAGGAGCGAGCCACGAGGACCUCCUCGAGGAGCUCUUAUCCAACCUAGUGCACCUGAUCGUUGAAGUACCACUGCUUGAUAUCACCUACAGCAUCCUUUUUGAAGCUGUCACCACCCUACUGGUGUUCUUCUCCUACCAGCUGUUCUGCAAGGACAUCCUCAGAGAUGGUUUGAUCUACCGACAUGUCAUGCAGGGGCGAUGUUUGUCACUGACGAGUCGCUUGGUGAAGACGCUGCUCUAUAACUUCAUCAGGCAGGAAAAAUGUCCGCCCCCGGCGACGCACAUCUUUGAGCCAAAAGCGGAGGGUGGCCUGCUUUACGGCCUGGCAUCUGGUGUGGCAAGUGGUUUAUGGAGCGUCUUCACUUUGGGCGGAGCUGUCAGCAAAGUUGGGGUGGAUCUGGAGCACAACCCCUUACCAUUGUCCAACCAGAGCCUUCUGUUAUUGCUGGUUCUGGCCAACCUGACUGAUGGCCCCGACUGGCCCAACCCUUACCGGCAGGCUAUUACCUGCUUCAGGAACACACAAGACACGUCAUCCGUUCCGGUGGAGCAAACGCACAUGUUCCAGAUCAAUUUCAACAGCCUGUACACGGCGCUGUGCGAGCAGCAGUGCUCUGACCAGGCCACUUUACUGCUCUACACGUUGCUCCAUCAAAACGCCAACAUGAGGACCUACAUGCUCUCCAGAACAGACAUGGACAAUCUGGUCAUGCCCAUCCUGGAGAUCCUUUACCACGUGGAGGAAAGGAACUCUCACCAUGUCUACAUGGCGCUCAUCAUCCUCCUCAUCCUCACAGAAGACGACGCCUUCAACCGCUCUGUCCACGAAGUGGUCUUGAAAAAUGUCACUUGGUACUCGGAGAGGUCGUUGACCGAGAUCUCCCUGGGCAGCUUGCUCAUCCUGGUGGUGAUCCGCACCAUCCAGUUCAACAUGACCCGCACGAGGGACAAAUACCUCCACACCAACUGUCUGGCUGCGCUUGCAAACAUGUCCGCCCAGUUCCGAUGUCUCCACCAGUACGCCGCCCAGCGUAUCAUCAGUCUAUUUGCUUUGCUUUCCAAGAAGCACAACAAGGUGCUGGAACAGGCAACGCAGAGUCUGAGACGCAGACAGGGUGACAACAUGGUCUUGCCUGACUAUGCUCAGGACUUGAAUGUGAUUGAGGAAGUGAUCCGCAUGAUGUUGGAGAUCAUCAACUCUUGCCUCUGCAACUCACUGCACCACAACCCCAACCUGGUGUACGCGCUGCUCUACAAGCGGGAGCUCUUUGAGCAGUUCAGGACUCACCCGUCCUUCCAAGACAUCAUGCAAAAUCUGGACACGGUGAUCGCCUUCUUCAGCCAGCGCUUAGAGCAGGCCGGCAGUGAUCUGUCGGUGGAGAGGGUCCAGGAGGUGAUCAUGAAAGGAGCCCAGGCCCUGCCUAUAGACAGGCUGAAGAAGUUUCCGGAGCUGAAGUUCAAGUAUGUGGAGGAAGACCAGCCCGAGGACUUCUUCAUCCCGUACGUGUGGUCACUGGUCUUCAAUUCAGGCGUGGGCCUCCACUGGUCCCCGCAUGGCAUCGAGCUCUUCACCAUGGACUCUGGUUGAGGCUGAGUGGCUGUCUCAGUACAGACUGGCACUUUGUGCAAGUGUGUGUGUGUUGCUUUUUAUAGGACGCUGCUUUGGAAAGUGCCUCAAACUUGCGCUGCAGCGGCGUCACAGCGCAACCUCAUUUAUUGUAAACCAAAACAAGUCCUCUGGCUUCUCCGCUGGGAAUCUUCUUGGGGGAUUGACCCGCUUCCACAGCGCAUGUAAUGCUGAAGCGCCCCAUUGUUGGGGGCAUUACAGAGACCAGCGACAGACAAUAAUCUCAAUGGUUGUAUCUUCUGGAAGAAGACUAAGUUAAUUAAAACACGCAGAGGACUUACCACGUAGGUUAAAUUAUUUACAGAUGCACUGGCAUUUCAUGAAUAUGCAGUAAAAUGCUCACUUGUAAUGAUAAGUUCACUUUAGGAGCAUUAGGGCCACACUGAACAAAAAAAAUGCCAAUGAAAUAUUUCAAUAUCAGUCAAAUAAUGAUUUUUGUAAAACACAGGGUGAAUUUGUUUGGUGAAUCCAGUGUUGCCCAUCAUUGACAAAGAGCCCCACCAUAAAUAUUACAAACCUGUUAUUGAAUCGCCACCAUAAUAAAAAAUAUGUAAUUGUCUAGAUGCUAUAUGAUGGCAGAAAAGCAGUACUUAACCUAAAUUAACCUCUUCAAAUCAAGUCCAGAUUAUUACAAGAAUAAAGUCUAAAUAUUAUGAUAGAAGUUAAAAGAUGGGAAAUGUUAAUUUGAUGAAAAUCAACUUCUCGGAGGACAUAGUGUUGAUGGAGCUGACAGAGCGUUACAGUCUUGAAAUGUUACAAUUUUUGUUCAAAUUUUUUUUAUUUUGGUCUAGUUUGUUUAAGUUACAUGAAAUAUGCUUACGAUUGAUAAUGACCUGUAAUGAUUGAUAAAUGUAUAUGUGUAUAUAUAUAUAAUGCAGAAUAUUUUUGAGGAAAAAAAUUAUAUAUAUAUAUAUAUAUGUAUAUAUAUAUAUGUAUAUAUACACAUAUACGUAUACGUAUACAUAUAUAUAUGUGUAUAUAUAAGAUUUGAUUUUUAUUGAAAAUAUUCUGCAUUAUAUAUAUAUAUGUAUAUAUAUAUAUACUCAUAACUCAUUUCUUUGACUUUUUUUUGCAUUUUCAGUGGCUAAUACUUUUGUUCUCUCCAAAUGCAUUCGGUCAGUAAAAAUAGGAAUUUAAUAACUCAUCCAAAUGAAAGUUUUUCAGUAAGAUAAGGCAACUGUUUCAGCCUCCAAUUUUAUUAUGUCUCUAUAUGCAUGUCAAGCUUUUGCAUUGAAUUAUUUAUUUCAUUUUCUAAUAUAACUGGUCCACGCUAAAUGUGUGAAAACAACUUAUAGAUACACAAUAAAACAGGGGUGUCGAACUCCA